AUGCGCGACCAGCAUAAAACGCACUACGUGGCGCCGCACGCAGACGUAAUGGCCCUUGCGACCGCCGUUCUCGACGGCGACCUCAACCGCGUCCGAGGAAUUACCGAGGAAAUGCGGUCUCUCAUCAACACGGGGGACCGCUGGAAGAAGCACGUGCGGCCGCUCAUGCUGGCGACGCGGUCGCCGAACCCGAUCGCGAUGUUCGAGCUGCUCGUGGCGCACGGCGCGCUGCUGUAUCCGACCGACCGCGCAGGCCAUGACGUGAUGCUCUAUGCGUGCGCGCACGGUGUGGCCCCCGCCAUGAUCGACUACCUCGUGCAGCUGGACAAAGGUGGGCUCUGGACCUGGGACGCACGUACGUUUCAAGGCGACGGGCACUUGGCACUUGCUUGUCGCAGCGGCAACUUGGCCUUGGUGCAGCACCUCGACGGUCUAAUCCCAGCGGGUACCCAGAGCCAUGGCACUGAUAUGGUCCUGGCCGCUCUCGACGCGAACGAUGAGGAAUUUGUCUUGCGCUUGCUGGCGUGGUGGACCUUGACGCCGCGCCUGCCCUUGGACGCCGCUGUCGUGCGCACAGCGCUCGCGACCAAGAUGUUGCGCGUCACGUCGACCCUCGUCCAGCUCGACCCACUCGGUGCCGGCCAAAUCGUCUUUGUCUUUUGCUUUCGGGAGGCGCGCAUGGAGCCGACCCUUGCGUGUUGCUGCGCCACGUACAAGCGCCGUGUGACGUGGCAGCACACGCGCCUCGUCUUUGCGCUGGCGCUGCCGACGACCGUUUGCCGCGUGAUUGCACGCUACGUGUACCAGUUCAAGCCCAUCGAGCACCUCAGAGGCGGGGUCCUGCCAUUGAGCCCGGACGACCCACGGCGGCGCAUCGUCGACGUGCCCAACAAGCCGACGGCGGAGAAGGCGUCGAUCCGCGACGAGUUCCUCACCGCAACGGGCAACGUCGGCGACACGAUUUGCCGGCUCACGAUCGCGUCGUCGUACCCGCUGCAAGCCAUUUUCAAGCGGGACAUUGCGUACGCGCGGCGCGAGCUCAAGGAAUAG